AUGGCCGUUUUGCUGUUCUCAUCCUUCAGUUUAUCCCUUGCUAGGAGAUAAUUAGCAGUUAGAAAUACCAGAAGAGUGACAAGUACCACAAUGCAAGAGUGCUUCAAGUUGACUCUAGGUGUAUUCAGUGAAACCUUAUCUAUGCAAACAGAUAUGGUAAAGGUUGGGUGGUAAACAGAUCAAACCUACAGUACUUAAUCCAAUCACAAGUACUGGAAUGUUAGAUUCAGACCAUAUGUUAAGCCAGAUGUACUCAUCCAAAAUGAGAUCAAUAUUGAUAAGUUUUUCUAUAACUCCAUCAAAGUUGAUAUUGACUCUUUCAUGACAAACGUUUUUGCAGAGACUUACAUUUAUGAUGAUGGAACUAUUUGCUUAAACGCUGGAUGGUAAACAGAAGAUGUAUUAUUAACAGUGGAAAUUGCAAACAAAUUCCAAAACUGCUACAAGACAAUCAUCCAAUCCCUUUGCGACUGGUCUUAAUGGUUCUCUGCUUCAGCAUAACUCUUAGAUGAGUGUGACUAAAGUGACUCUGUCGAUGUAACUCUCUACACAUGGAAUCCAAUUGCCGUAGACUCCAAGAAAUUAUGGUAUGGUAUUGAUACUUAUCCAUCCACAGCUGCUGAGAUUGCAAAAUGUAAACCUGGUGAUAUUGUCACUUUAAAAUUCAUUGGACUUCUCCUCUAUGAUCAAUUAAACAAAAUGCACGAAAAUGAUAAUAAAUAAUGA